ACGUUUCACAGUUCUUUGUAGGCAUUUGUGAGUUGUAUGUGACUUUGCUGUUAAUUGAUCUAUACGAUUAAUAACAAUUAAUUAAUAAUGCCUGCAACGAACAACGAAGACGAUCCGUACGCACACGUUGCGAAAGGUACCCUAAAAUUGAAAAACGAACAAAUAAUGAGCAAAAAGAAAAAGGAUAAGGACGGAAAAAAGAAGAAGCUAGUGGAAGUGUCAAAAAUCAUUGAGGAGGAAAAACCUCAAACAGUAGAAGUGAAGCGGACGAAAGCAGAGCUGGCUUUUCAAAAAAUGCAAGAGAAAAUGCAAACUGAAAGGAUUAAGCAGAAAGCUUCCAAGACACAUAAACAACGAGUGGAAGAAUUUAAUCGACACCUGGAUAGCUUAACUGAACACUUCGACAUACCUAAAGUGAGCUGGACGAAAUAAACUGCAAUGUUAUUUAAGAAAUUUAUUUAUA